UGAUCAUGACAAUUUCUAUAAUUGUUUUUUCUUCUUCUUCUUCUUCUUCUUCUUCUUCUUCUUCUUCUUCUUCACCUAAUCUUCAAUGCCGCGUAAAACCCUAGACACUAUACUCUACAACCUCCAAAAAUGACAAGAUCUCAUCUCUUCCUCUGUCUCCUCCUCCUCCUCGCCUUCCUCAAUUUCGCUGCUCCUCAAGACGACGCGAGGAUCAUGCUAUCCUUCAAAUCGAGCCUAAAUCUCACCUCGGACGUGGACUGGUCGAACCCGAACCCUUGCAAGUGGGACACUGUCCAAUGCGACGGGAGCAGCCGCGUCACUCGGAUCCAGCUCAAUCAGAAAGGCAUCCGCGGCACUCUCCCUCCGAAUCUCCAGAACCUCUCCGAGCUCGUCGUCCUCGAGCUCUUCUCCAACAGAAUCUCCGGCCCAAUUCCCGAUCUCUCCGGUCUCACGAAUCUACAGACUCUCAACCUCCACGACAACCUCUUCGAUUCGACUCCGGAGAAUCUCUUCUCCGGGAUGAACUCCUUGCAAGAGGUGUAUUUAGACGAGAACCCGUUCUCUUCGUGGGAAAUUCCGGAGACUGUUAAGGACGCCACGCUACUCAAGAACCUUUCUUUAAUUAAUUGCAACCUCACCGGUUCGAUUACCGUAUUAUUCGGCUCCGAGACGCUUCCAAGCCUCGCUUCGUUGAAGCUUUCUCGAAACAGUCUUUCCGGACCGUUACCUUCGAGUUUGUCGGGGUCGUCUUUACAGGAGCUUUGCCUCAACGGACAGCGCCUCAACGGUACCAUCUCGGUGUUACAGAAUAUGACUUCUCUCGUCGAGGUUGAUCUGCAAGGCAACGCCUUUUCAGGUCCGAUCCCUGAUCUCUCCGGUUUGCAGUCUCUGAGGCUCUUCAAUGUAGGAGGGAAUCAGCUCACUGGUGUUGUUCCACCGUCGUUUACUGGUCUGAAAUCUCUUACCAUUGUAAAUUUGACGAGUAACUACUUCCAAGGACCUUCUCCAUUAUUCGACAAGUCUGUUAGUGUUGAUGCGGUAGCGAAAACGAAUAGCUUUUGUCUGGAGAUUCCUGGUGCUCCUUGUGAUUCUCGUGUUGAGACCUUGCUGUCUAUAGCUGAGUCGUUUGGUUAUCCGGUGAAGCUUGCUGUGAGUUGGAGAGGCAAUAAUCCGUGUGCUAGCUGGCUCGGGAUUUCUUGUGUCGGAAGUAACAUUACAGUUGUUAACCUAGGGAAACACAAUCUUAUUGGUACGAUAUCUCCGAGUUUUGCCAGGCUUUCGUCGUUGGAAAAGAUCAUUCUUUAUAGCAACAAACUCAGCGGGAGAAUACCGAAGGAGCUUACCACUUUGCCUAAGCUUUGGCUGCUUGAUGUGUCUAACAAUGACUUCUACGGUGGUGUGCCGAAGUUCAGGGAAGGUGUGAAUGUUGUGACUACUGGUAACCUUAACAUCGAUAAGGAUGGACCUGUCUCACCGAGUGGUGGAACUCAUGGAGGGUCUGGACAUAAUAGCACUGGUGGUGGCGGAAGUUCUAAAUGGUCGAGCAGUGUCAAGAUCAUUGUUCCUGUGGUUGGUGGUGUUGUUGUUGCAUUGUGUAUUGUUGGUGCAUUGUAUGUUGUUGGUGCAUUGUGUAUUGACAGCGAUGCAAUUAAACUCACAGUUGCAGCUUCUAGUCUCAACAAUGGGGGAGGAGGAGGAACCGAGAGCUCUUACAGUCACAGCGGAAGCGCCAACAGUGACAUUCACGUGGUGGAGUCUGGGAACUUGGUUAUACCCAUACAGGUUUUGAGGAGCGCGACAAACAACUUCAGCGAAGAGAAUAUCCUCGGGAAAGGCGGUUUCAGUGUAGUUUACAAAGGUGAACUCAGUGAUGGGACGAAAAUAGCUGUCAAGAAGAUGGAGUCUUCUGCUUCUGUUGUGAGUGAUAAGGAACUCGCUGAGUUCAAAUCAGAAAUCACUUUGUUGACUAAAAUGCGUCACCGUCAUCUCGUUGGGCUUCUUGGUUACUGUCUUGAUGGUAACGAGAGACUUCUUGUCUACGAGUACAUGCCGCAGGGAACUUUGAGCCAGCAUCUGUUCCACUGGAAGGAAGAAGAGCGGAAACCUCUUGAUUGGACUAGAAGAUUGGCUAUUGCCUUGGAUGUAGCUAGGGGUGUGGAGUAUCUACACACGCUUGCUCAUCAGAGUUUCAUCCAUAGGGAUCUUAAGCCAUCAAACAUCCUCCUUGGUGAUGAUAUGAGAGCGAAAGUCUCUGACUUUGGGCUAGUCCGUUUAGCCCCUGAAGGCAAAAACUCCAUCGAGACUCGUGUAGCUGGGACCUUCGGUUACCUUGCUCCAGAAUAUGCAGUGACUGGAAGAGUGACGACCAAGGUAGACAUAUUCAGCCUCGGGGUCAUACUUAUGGAGCUAGUCACUGGACGUAAAGCUCUUGAUGAGACGCAACGUGAGGACAGCGUCCAUCUAGUGACAUGGUUCCGUCGUGUAGCAGCAAGCAAAGACAGAAACGAGAACGCCUUCAAAAACGCAAUAGACACAAACAUCGAGCUGGACGAAGACACCUUAGCCAGGGUUGAAAAAGUUUGGGAGCUUGCUGGUCAUUGCUGUGCACGUGAGCCUUACCAAAGACCUGACAUGUCUCAUAUCGUUAACGUUCUUUCUUCACUCACAGUCCAAUGGAAACCAACUGAGGUCGAUCCUCAUGACCUCUACGGUAUAGACUACGAUCUUCCGCUUCCGCAGGCGGUAAAGAAUUGGCAAGCUUCGCUUAGCCAAACGGGAGAUGACUCUGGAUCUUCUGUUUGAUCAAAAGCUCUGUAAAUAUCUGAAUAAUGCACUACUUUCAUUGAAUAAAAAAGAUCAUGGUUAGUGAUAUCCAUGUAUCUAGGACCAAGUUUAUUAGUUGGUUUAGUGCUGCUAUUGUAGGAACUUGUUGCUCUUUGUAAGGCUAUUUAUAGACUACUAAAAGCAAACAGAAAUUGACUAAUUCAAACUUACAAACUGAAAUUUAAACUUCCAACGGCUCCUUUGAUUUGCUCUAAUAAACACUCCCUAAACUAAGCUUGUGGAUGACAGCCAAACACAAGAUCUUAUCUUUUUUUUUGUCAAGGAGCCGUUGGAAGUUUAAGUUUAUUUCGCCUUUCAUCCGAGUUUUUUGCGUUGUUGGACCGUUUCGUCGUGAAGCCCAUGGCGUGCUGGAAUCAACAUCUUCGUGGUGAAACGCGGCGUUUUCCAUACUGUGAGUGUUUCUUCGCGUCUCCAGAGCUAAUCGCAGCCGAUCUUUCAUCUCCUUCAUCACGAAACCAGUAAUCAUCUUUAAGCCCUCCGUUAAUCGAUCACCCACGAUCUAUAAAAAGGAAGUUGAUUGAGAAUAACUAUGAAUACGAUGGUGAUGACCCUCUCUUUCCAUGGAUCAAAGGCUUUUCCUCCAGGACGAGAAUGCUGGAACGGUUAGUGAUGUACGAGCAAACCGUUCGCAAGCUCUGGCAAUCGGAACACUACAAUGAUAAUCUUCGCUAUCUUAAAGUUUGGUAGGAAUAUGUUAAGGGAUUUGAAAACACAUGUUAUGCUUUGCACCUGGAGUUUCAGCCUAAGGUAAAGACUGCCAAUGAGAUCUUCAAUCUCAUAAUAUCUAGAAAUGCAAAGCCUAUGAAAGGUUGAAUGGUGGUGCAAGAACUUCAUGGUGAGAACUGUGAAAAGACCCAAACCAGCUGAUGAAGUAAGAGGAACAAAAAAAAAAGUGUUCUACCAUCGAGAAGUGGUCACUCUAACUUGAACUAAAAAGCAACGAUCACAAGCUCUCUGUGCGCGACAUCUGCGGUUAAACUUACCUUGCUUGAUGUUGCUUAUGAGUCCUGAUUGUUUUGGUUUUUGUAUCCACAAUCGAGUUUUUUUUUUUAUUACAAGGUUUUGGUUUGUUUUGCUCGGUGAAUCUAGGACAUGCUUUCAGAUUUGUAGGAUAAUCAUUGAGACUCUAGACAAUUACAAAGUUAUAUAAUUUUGAUGUUCUGUAAUAAUAUAACAUGUUUCGUGUAUUUUUGCUUUGCUUUUAUUUUUCAGAAGAGAGAGAUCUUUCAUGAUUUGGCUCCGCUAUUGUGGCACUCUGUUGGUAUCGUUCGUGCUCUUCUUUAGGUACUCUUCGUCCAUUAAAGUUGUCUGGAACCUUGGAAUGGUGAAACAGAAUCAAACUAUCACAAUGACACUUUAGUGGUUGGGAUUGGGAAGAGGCGAAGCAAGAAGCUCUCUUGAACUGCUUUUCGAAACAGAUAAUAUUAGCCUGGGGAAGGCAGAGAUGGGUGCACAUCAAUGUAGGAAAGCUCAAGAAUCACUGGCCACGCUUCCCAUAAAUUUACGAGUCAGCUUACUGGAAACUUUGGAAAAAACAAUGAGGUCAAAAUGGAUUUUAAUCCCAACCAGAGGUGUAACCAUCUCAUAUUUCUUUCAUCCUAACUCGGCUUGAUUACUUAGGCCUAGAGGGUGGUCCCCAUUUCUCGCGUAAAAGCGAUCCUUGACCAUUCAGCCUUUCUCAACCAAGUAUCCCCAUCCCUUAUUAAAGAAAGUCGAUAAUGAAAUGAGGCAGGUUGUGCUAGCAGUGUGUUCAAUAGAGUUUGGCUCUUGGAUGGUAGCACAUGCGACGGAGUUAUUGAUAGCUGGAAGCGAUGAAGGAGAAGUGUUUGCACAUGAGGAGCAGCGAAAUUUGGGUGGAAUCAACAUGGAAAAGCUCCAUAGACUUGACUAUGCUCAAGUCUUUCUUCUUAUGUUCUGACUCUGAAGUACCUUUUCUUUUAUCACUUGUCAUGUACCUUUCCUGUAAAAAUAUUAAGCUAAGCCUGCAGAGAACGUAGCUUCUGUGUAUGCUUUAUGGUUUUUUAAGGAUAGCUCCUUUUAUC